AUGAGCUUUUAAAAUCAGACUUCAACUUCGAGAAAGUAAGCUAUUACUACUCAUACUGAUUUGAAAUUAAAAAUCAAAGAUAAGUUUACAUAUGAGUAGACUAUAGAUUUUAUGGAUAAAAUUGUUAAUUCAAUGAAGAAAAAGAGGCAUUAUAGACUAAAGAAAUUCUAGCCUGUCUAUGUAAAUCUACCACUGAUUAAAAAUACAUAUGAGGUUGGUCUAGGAGGAAAAAACGAGUAGCAAUCUAUUAUAAAAAAGGAAAAUAUCAAAAGCAAAAGAAGUAGAAAUAUAUCAGAACUAAAAAGCGAAACAAUAAAACUCAAAGAAAUCGCAAGAAUUAAUAACAGUGAAAAUAUUACUGACGAUAAUACUUAAACAAAUUUUAGAGCAGAUUAGCAAUGGUAAUAACCAAGCAAUAUUUCAAGAAAUUAGCAAGGCAUGAUGAAUCAUUAUCAUUCCUAGUUAAAUAAGACAGUAUCCUUAGAGUAGAAUAAUUCUCAAUUCUAUUUGAACUAGAUGAAAUAAGAACAUAAGGUGAAUGAAAAAGUUACGAGAAGAUUUUUGAGAUAAGUAACUGAUGAGCAUUAGAAUUCAGAUGAGUUUCAAACUCCUAUUAUUGGUAUAACACUAUUUAUCGAGAGUGAGUAAUUUAAUGAAUAAAAUAGCAACUAGCAAAGAGAGCUAAAAAAAGUAAGGAUAAAGUCAAAUACCAAUAGGUUCAAGAACAGUAAUUUAGAUUAUAACCAAAGAUCGAAAUCAUUCGAUAAAGGCAAGGAAAUAGGAAAAUAAUAAAAAAGCAAAUAGAAUGAGUUGAUUUAUGCAGUAGAUAAAUUUUAACCCUCAGAAGAUUUAAUCUUAUUCUAAUCGAACCCAAAACAAAUUAAAGAAACUACUCGAACCUCCUUAGAGCUAAUAAAAAUUCAAAAAGAGGAAAUCAAGUAUAUAGCCUAGUAGAAUUCAUUCAAAUUCAAUGAGAUCGUAAAGCCAUUCACCGAGGAAAGAAAAAGAGUAGAGAUAAUCUAUGGUUCAAUUAAGUAACUAAAGGCCCAAGAGAAUUCCUAUUGA